AACGUCAUACUCAUGCUGCCUGGAACCACAACAUACAGCUAAAUAGCUAGCAAAACAGCUGUUUUAAAUAGUGGUAUAUUUAUUAUUUUUGUGUAUUGGUACUGUAGCUCGUUUUGGCAGAAAUGUCCGGAAAGGCUAAAGAUAUCCUACAGAUGGAUCUGUACGGUUUACUUGGCGUUGAAAGCACUGCUACAACGAAAGAGAUCAAGAAAGCGUAUCGACAGAAAGCGUUAACAUGCCAUCCAGACAAGAACCCAGACAACCCAAAAGCAGUUGAGCUCUUCCACCAGUUAUCCCAGGCUCUUGAGGUGCUAACUGAUGCCGCCGCCAAGGCUGCUUAUGACAAGAUUUGUGCUGCCAAGAAACAAGCAGAAGAAAGAAACAAGAAACUAGAUAGCAAAAGAAAGAAAAUUAAACUUGACUUGGAGGCCAGAGAGCGACAAGCAGAAGCUCAAAGCCAGGAGGAAGUGCAGAUCACUAGAACACUCGAGGAAGAGAUUGCCCGCUUGAGGGAGGAGGGAUCCAGACAGCUCGAAGAGGAGCAGAGGCUCAUCAGAGAGCAGAUCCAGAGAGAAAGAGAAGCACAUCAACAUGGAGGAGACCACACUCAGAGAAACUCAGGAGUGGAGAGAUGUUCCAAGAGCAACGUAACCCCAAAAUUGAAGUUGAAGUGGAAGUGUAAAAAAGAUGAUGAGACGAAUGGAGGCUACUCUCAUGACAUUCUGUUUAAACUUCUACAAAAGUAUGGCGAUGUUUUGAAUGUGAUCAUCUCGAGUAAGAAGAAAGGAAGUGCUGUUGCAGAAUUUGCAACUGUGAGAGCUGCUGAGCUGGCUGUUAAGAAUGAAAGUGGCGUAGCUGCAAAUCCCCUGAAGAUUUCCUGGCUUGAAGGACAGCCUGAGGUUUUUGCCGCAGCUUCUCAGUCUGGGCAGUUCAUGCCUUCACAGGCUUCCCUGUCCAAUGAGCGUGACUACGAAAGCAUUGUGAUGAUGAGGAUGAGGCAGGCCGCCGAACGUCAGAAACUCAUAGAACAAAUGCAGAGGGAAGACGAGGAGGAAGCUGCCAAGUUGUAGCACCACAGGACUCAGCUCGUUACCAGCGCUGUGAGAAAUAUUAGAUGUAAUCCUGCAUCAGGCUUUAGUUUCAUAAAGCCUCUUAUUUGUUUUUAUUAUUUUUUUUGUAUGUAAUGUGAUGUGUGGCAAAAUAAACAAUUUUCAUAA